UAUGAAUUAAACAUAAUAUAAUGCUAGGUUGUCUUUGACAUCAUAUCGCUCAAAUGAUAUAGACUUUGAUACUUUCAAAAGAAAUUUAGAGGCUGAUAUAUCUAAAAGUUGGAUUGGGUUUUAAUACUUAAAAGAAUUAGAAUAGAGGAGAGAUUAAGUUGUCAGCAAAAUUGAGAAAUAUAUAUCGAAACUUACAACUGACAAUGGAAAUCUUAUCCUUUAUUGUGAAUUUACGUUUAAUCACAACUUAGAUCUUUUAAUUAAAUCAUCGGAUAUCCGAAAAGAUUUUAUAGAGCAGCUCCCCCCAAAUGUAAAUCCUGGUGUAAAAAUUAAUUAACCAGAUUUGCUAUCAGCUUUGACCCAAAUAAAAGAUUAUAUGUAUAAGGAAAGCAGUGCCUUUAAAGAAUGGCUUUUGAAAAACUAGAAUUGUAAAGGAGAUAUUUGGAGUUAGGCGGAAUGGAUUUUGUAAAAUAACAAUUAAAAGGAGGGAGAUAAAUACUUAACUCAAGUUGAAAAGCACAGAAAAAAUAUGAUGGCUACUCUAAUUAAUUCUAAAAUUGAUUAAGAUUAAUGUAUGGAAUUGCAGAGCUAUCUUCUCCAUUACUAUUAGUAUUUUGAUCAACUUAGUGUCAAUUCCAGGAAUUAAAUCUACGAUUUAUUUCUAAUAUUUUUGGGUAGCUUUGAUGGUUAGGAAGAGCAAAAACGAAAACAUAAUCAAUUAUUCAGAAAUAAUUAAUUCACAAUUCAAGCGAAUAAAAUCUUUUUUGUCAAUAUACCAGGUCCGCCAUAAUUUCAAAUUUCAAUUCCUAAAUUUUUAUGGAGUGAAAUUUUAAAAUCAAACCUAUAAGGGUACAUAAUUUCGAAAAUGAUAGAAAACUAGGAAUUAAAUUUGAAUUUUCAAGUCAUCGAAAAAAUUUUUCUAUCUAAACUAAGAGAAUAGUAAUAAAGGUUCCCUCAAAAUGUGGCAAAAAGGAAAUGA